CGAGGGACUUGUUUUAAAAACUUACAUUCUCAUUUAAACAACGCUUCACUCCGCUACUGAAAACCCCAACCCUCUCAUCUUCCCCAAACCCCCGAAACCCUAACCCUAACACCUCAAAAUGUCGAUGUCAAAAGGCUCAAAGAUGCUCCAAUUCAUCAACUACCGUAUGCGGAUCACAAUCCAGGACGGCCGGCAGCUAGUCGGCAAGUUCAUGGCCUUCGACCGCCACAUGAACCUCGUAAUCGGCGACUGCGAGGAGUUCCGCAAGCUUCCACCAGCAAAAGGUUCCAAAAACUCCGAAGAACGCGAAGAUCGUCGCACUCUCGGCCUCGUUCUUUUACGUGGCGAAGAAGUUAUCUCCAUGACCGUCGAAGGCCCUCCGCCGCCCGACGAAAACCGCGCCAAAGCUGUUGGAGCCGCCGCGUUGGCCGGUCCAGGUCUCGGCCGUGCUGCCGGACGUGGAAUUCCCACGGCGCCGUUGGUUCAAGCUCAACCGGGUUUAGCUGGACCGGUUCGGGGGAUUGGUGGACCGGCUCCUGGAAUGAUGCAGCCGCAGAUUUCUAGACCGCCUAUGAGUUAUCCUCAGGCGCCGGUGAUUAGGCCUGGGCAAAUGCCGUAUCCUGGACAGGGGCCUCCACCUCAAAUGCCACGUGGACCGCCUCCGCAAAUGCCGGUUCAGUUUGCGCAACGGCCGCCUGGGCCUGGGCAGUAUCCGGUGCCGCCUCCCGGUCAGUUUGGACAGAGGCCUAUGGUUCCUCCGCCGAAUAUGAUGAGAGGUCCGCCACCGCCAGCUGGAGCUCCGAGACCUGGAAUGCCGGGCCCGCCGCCUCCUGCGAGACCGGGAAUGCCGCCGCCUGGUGCGCAGAUGCCCGGGUUUGGACCGCCUCGCCCUGGAAUGCCGCCUCCACCGAAUAAUCAGCCGCAGCAGUAGAGUGGUGAGUGGUAGUUUUCCAUCCAGGCAGCAGCAGCAGCAGAAACAAGCCUCACCUUGAAACUACUAUUCGUAAAGAGUUUAAAUAUCAUUCCGCACAAGAGUUUAAAUCCGAGGUUAACUACUCAAUCAUGCUUAGCUUUAAUGGUAGUUUCUGAUAUGUAGUGUAAUUUUCCUUCUUUCUUCCAUAUAUCUUGUGAUCGAUCUUUUUAAUGUUGAAUAUUUUGCCCUUUUGAACUAAAUGUGUAAAAGUGGGUUAGAAUUUACUUGAUUAUGUCGGGAAGAUUUUGUUUUAAAAAGCGACACUGAAAUCCAAGAAAACAGUUCGUUAAA